ACGUUAAAAUUAAAAGACCUAAGGUUAAAUAAACGCAAACAUACUCUGGCAUUCCCUUCGCCAUCGGAAGCAGACCAGCCUUUAGGUGCGAAAGCCCUUUCUAUUCUCAUGCGGUACCAAAAAUUUAUUUCAAUGCAUCGAAUUUUAUCUCCAGCUGUGAAUUAUCUGCCGCUGUUGUGAAAGCUGCUCUUCGGAUGCGCAUUGUGUUGCCAUUUCUGUAAAGGGAAAAGUUACUGUAUCGAAUUUUUUUAUUAAUCGGUUGAAAAAUUUACAUUUUCUGAAAGAACAGAAAAGAAAGAAGGUACUAGCUGCCAAAAUACUAGUGAAGAUUAAUAAAAUAAAGUGGCAACAGUACUCAUACCAUGACGAAGUCAUCCUCCGGACCGACUCAGGUGUCCGUUAAUCUGUCCCAGAAUGGCUCUCAGAAGAACAAGGUGUGUUGCUCCAGUAAGAAAAUUAUAAGCUACUCGUGCAAAGUGCGAUGUAUGACUACAAUAUGCAUACUCUUGCUCGCAGCUGCUGCUGCCCUCAUCUACUUUCUCUUCAAUACGAAAACGACCACCCUGGAGACCUUCAUAUCGCUUCCAAAAAAGGUGGAUUGGUUCCCUCAGUGUCCAAGUCAGUUGUUAAAUCCCGAAGAGCGAUUCGAUUGCUACCCUGAUGACACGUGCGUCGACCAAGCAGCAUGUGAAGCGAGGGGUUGUUGCUUCGUUGGACGCCUGACUUCCAGAUACGACGAAGACAAAAAAAAUGACUCGAUACCUAAUGAAAUACCAUCUUGUGUUUAUCCUAAAAAUUAUGGAUAUGCUGCUGUCGGUAAGGCUGAGGCAGUCUUCAAUGGAUUUGAAGUGCCUUUGCGAAGAAUGCCAGCACCAUCCAGGUAUGGAGACGAUAUGCAGUUUGUAAACAUGAAAAUAGAAACGCAGACCAAAUACAGACUGAGGAUUAAGUUUUAUGAUCCUGAAAGCUCCCGAUAUGAAGUACCUAUGCCCAAAGUUCCUGUACAUUCAUCACCUUCAAAUCUUGAUCAAAAUGAACCAGAAGUAUUUCUGUACUCUGUUACGUAUGACACAGUUAAUAAACCAUUUGCUGUUAAAGUUCGACGGUCGGCGACAGAUGCUAUUGUUUUUGAUACAUCAGUUGGUGCACUUACUCUUUCUAAUCACUUCUUAGAACUGACAACUAAAUUACCAUCUUCUAAAAUUUAUGGAUUGGGACAACAUAUGCAAAAUCAAUAUCAUCAUGAUUUCAGAUGGCAAACAUAUAACAUGUUUUCCAAGAAAACAGAGGAAGGUUCUACUGUGGGCAUUCAUCCUAUGUAUAUGUGUGUAGAAAAUGAUGGCAAUGCUCAUGGACUUUUGUUGCUAAACAGCAAUGCAAUAGAGGUUCAAUUACACCCAUCACCAGCAGUAACUUUUCGUGUUUUGGGAGGUGUGUUGGAUUUUUUUUUGUUUCUUGGGCCUUCACCUGAGGAUGUUGUUCAACAAUAUGCAGAAGCUGUAGGCCGUUCUAUUCUACCUCCAUAUUGGUCUCUGGGUCUUCAUGUGGGAAGUUCUGUGUAUCAUGCCACCAAAGACAUGAAAGAGCUUAUUAACAAAUUUAAAACAGGACGCAUUCCAUUAGAAACUCUCAUUUUAGAGCAUGAAAGUAUAUCCAAAAUCCUAUCAAAAAAUGAAAAGUUUUCAAGUUUUUCAAACUUUGCUACUAGAAUGGAAAAUAAUGAGCAGAAAUUUAUAAUGAGCUUAGAUCCAAAUAUUCCAAAAGAUGCAACACCUAGUCGUGAUUCGUUGUAUGGUGUAGGAAUGCAACAUGAUGUUUUUAUCACAGAUAAAUGGGGAUUAAAUCCUAUUGAAGGUCGACAAAAUGGGAAAAUUACAGUAUAUCCAGAUUUCGGAAGAACAUCAGCAAUCACGUGGUGGACUAAUGUGAUAAAAAGAAUAUCUUCUACUAUGCAUAUUGAUGGCUUGUGGCUAGUUAAUAACGAACCAUCUAGUGAGAUUGAUGGCUCUUUGAAUGGUUGCUUAGAUGAUGAUUUAAACAGGCCACCUUACAUUCCUAAAUCACUUGGAAACAUAUAUCAGAAAACAUUAUGCAUGAAUGCACUGUCUCAUUGGAGAGAGGAUAUCAUUACACAUUAUGAUAGUCAUAAUUUUUAUGGACAUUCAAUGGUUAUGGCAACUGAAGAAGCACUAAAUAUCAUUUAUCCAAAUAAAAGGAAGCUAAUUGUAACAGAUUCAACUUUUGUUGGAAGUGGACAAUAUGCUGGUCAUUGGAUCAGAGGACUUGGUUAUGGCUGGGAAGCCUUGCAUGCAUCUAUACCUAUCAUGUUGGAACUAGGGCUUUAUGGUGUGGCCUUUUCUGGAGCUAGCAUGUGUGGUGAUGUAAACAUAGAUUUGAAUGAAGAACAAGAAGAAUUGUGCCUCAGGUGGCUUCAGUUGGGUAUAUUUUAUCCGCUUUUCCAGUUACAUGGUACAGGUGCUGAAUACCUUUAUACUGUUGGUUUGAAUAAGAAAGAAUUUUCACAUGCAUUACAAAAUACUCUUUCGAGAAGGUACGAAUUAAUGCCAUAUCUUUAUACGUUGCUCUAUCUAGCCCAUACUAAAGGAUCCACUGUCAUGCGGCCUCUCUUUCAUGAAUUUCCUCAUGACAAUGAGACUUAUGCUAUAAAUACCCAAUUUAUGUGGGGAUCAUCACUUCUUAUUUCACCCGUCCUGGAAAAGGGAGUGGAAGAAUUGAAUUUUUAUUUGCCAAAAGGUAUAUGGUAUGACUUCUAUCGGGGAGGAGUACUGUACAGUGCGGGUGAAUGGUUUUUGGAGAGAGAAGGGUUAUUUAAAGACAGUAAACAACCUGUAGCAUUACAUAUUAAAGCUGGUCAUAUUAUAACAGUACAAAAUCCAGCAGAGACUACUGCCAAGAGUCGCCAAAAUUCUAUGAGCUUACUUGUGGCUUUGGAUUCAUCCAAUAAAGCAAGUGGUUUACUAUUCUGGGAUGAUGGAAUCACUAAAAAUUCUCACUUGCUUGGUGAAUAUGUACUAGUAGAGUGCAAAGCAUCAGGGACUUCUCUUGUCGUGAAUGGAAUUUUAGGGAAGAAAGUCUUUAUGUCAACUUUUUAUCAAGCAUCGAUACAACAAGUCAGAAUUAUGGGACUAAAUAAACCACCUAAACGAAUUAUAAUUGAUGGCAGUUAUAUUCUCUCCAAUAAGCAGUAUCACUGGAAUAUUGAUACUAAGGUAUUGGAUUUGAAACAUUUUCUGAUACCUCUUGGAAGACGUACAGAAGUCCAGUGGGUUUUCUAAAAUUUGAAGUUAAAGAUAGCCUGCUGGCAGGCUAUAUAUAUUGAAAAUUGUGGUAUCGUUCCUGUCAUAUUUUAUACAAUUUUUAUAUUACGUAACUUAUUCUAUUUCUCGCCAUCAGUUAAAUCUUGUUUUGAAGUUAAUGAAGUUGUAUAAUUGUUUUCAUACUGUGCCAACUGAUAAAAAGUUGCUUUUGUUAAAAAAUGCACAUAAUUGUGAAUUUUGCCUUUCCAAGAAAUACUUCCUAAAUAUUUCAAAAUAAAUUAUUUUUAUAUUAGUUUUGCAUUUAAUAAAUAAAUCAUAUUUAUGUUUCUGAAAUAUGUCAAUAUGUACCCAGAAAAAUUACAUACUGUCUGUAACACUUAAACUGAAAUUAUUAGUUUGAUUUUAUGAAAUUAUUAAUUAUGUAAAUUUUGUAUGUAUAUACUUUUACAUUUGGAACAUUCAUUUCCUUCUGACAACAAUAAAAUGCUUAAAAAUUCUG